AUGGAGGCUGCUCCAGCCCGGCUGUACGAAAAGAGUGGAGAUUUGGACCCCGCUGUACAACAGAACUAUAUUUCGGCUGUAAAAUGCCUAGCAACCAAGCCCGCUCGCGUCAACGGUUAUUCGGGUGCCACAUUAUACGACGACUUUGCUACGGUUCAUAUGAUGCUCGCCGAUCGUAUUCAUUUCGUCGCUCAGUUUCUUCCAUGGCAUAGAUGGUUUGUACAUGCAUAUGAGGGUGCGUUGAAGGAGUGUGGGUACACUGGAAGCGCUGUCUACUGGGACUGGACUAGGGAUGCUGGUCCCAACGUCGUUAACUCCCCCAUCUUUGAUCCUGUUACCGGAUUCGGAGGUACUGGUACCAAUAUCACGGAAAGAUCCCCAGUUGCUACUGGUCCCUUUGUCAACUUCACUGUCGUGACGUAUGCCGACUAUUUUGGAGGUGGAAAAUAUUACGAUCGCCCGCACUUUUUGGAAAGGAAUUUCAUCUCGAUGCCUACGAGGAACGGCACUGUUGUCGUUGUUCCUGCGAGCGAAGAUGGGACCAUGCUCUCAGAAAGAUACACGGAAACCAUGAUGAACAACAUCGUGAAUAAUGGCCAGGAUUUCGAGUCGUUCCGUGGACCAUUCGAAGGUAUUCCUCAUGCAGCUAUUCAUGAUACUAUUGGUGGUGACAUGGGUCCGUCAAGUAGCCCAAGCGAACCCUUUUCUGGCUUCACCACACAAAUGUCGACCGCUGGUGGUGGAAGUGGCAACAACUCAACGGCUCCGCCAGAGCGCUUCAAUAUACCGGAAACACAAUCCAAGGCUCAUCGGAACUGGAUGCAAAAGAAGAAGUUCGAGGUUGUUGAUCAAGUGGCCGAUGCGGUGCAACUCCCUGAAAGCAAGUGUAGUUAUAUCGAAGAUUCUUCACUAGGGCUUUGGGUCAAAGAAAUAAAGAUUUACCCGUACAUCUUGACUCAGCUACUUUCCGAGUCAAUAUUCGUUCCUCUGCUUGAGCUUAUACUACGACUCACAUGUCACCCCAGUAAUUAUCCCUUCAAUUCACGUUAUGCAUCUAUUCUUCAACAUAAUCCUGCAACGGACGAACCAUUCAUCUCACUUCCUGCUCCCCACUCCAACAUACGAUUAACGCCCGCCCGAAUCAGCGAUAUUGAUGCCAUCAAAGCAAAAGAUUUACCCGUACAUCUUGACUCAGCUACUUUCCCGAGUAAUUAUCCCUUCAAUUCACGUUAUGCAUCUAUUCUUCAACAUAAUCCUGCAACGGACGAACCAUUCAUCUCACUUCCUGCUCCCCACUCCAACAUACGAUUAACGCCCGCCCGAUCAGCGAUAGAUGCUAUUCCUCCUCCAAUUAUGAACAGUCCCGAAGUUGCUCUGAGCCUUAACAGCCCGCCGUUUCCAUUCCUACGAGAGCAUGGCAGAGCGUGGUUGCAGGAUAGCGUCCGUGACUAUGAAAGUGCGAUGGUUCAUAUCAGAAAUGCGGAUGAGAAUGUCGGGUACAUCGGUGCAUUCCCCCUGAGGCAUAUUAGAGAAGUUGGCUCAGACGGACUCGAAACCUUUCUCGGUGAUGGAAGCAAAGAUACGGAGAACGCGAGUCUACCUCCAGGUGACCCCAACAUUGUCUGGUCCUUCGGCGAUUAUAUUUCUCCGACUCAACAGGAGGGCACGUGA